AUGAAAACAUCGAAAAUCGGUGAAUUAAAUGCGAGAAAUGCAUCAAUGAAUAGUUCGUUGAAUGAUGGCAGUGAGGCAAUAUCGAAAUAUGAAAUUCCCGCAUGGAAGUUAAUGAUCGAUGAAAAAAAAGCUUAUUAUUUUGGAAGGAAUCCGAAACAAUGCGAUUUUGUCGUCGAACACGCAUCUUGCUCACGUGUUCACGCAGUUCUUGUUUAUCACCAACAUUUACAACGAUUUGCUUUAGUUGACUUGGAUAGCUGCCACGGUACAUUUGUUGGUAAAGUACGUAUUGAUCCUUUGCAACCUGUUUUUAUUGAAUUUGCUAGCGUUUUUCAUUUUGGUGCUUCAACGAGACGUUAUAUUCUUAGAGGAAAAUUAGAAAAUGCAAAUGAUGAAGACGAAUUGAAUAAAGAUUUAUUACCUCAGGAACAUGAACUUGAGAAUCUCACCGAGUAUAAUACUGCUUUGAAUCGGCGAAUUCCGGCAAUUCCAAUCUCUCUUGAAGAUUCACGACGAAAAAAACGUCCUAGAGGAAAUGUUGCUUUCAUCGAGGAGGAAACUAUCAUUAAUCCAGAAGAUAUCGAUCCUACCGUUGGACGUUUUCGAAAUUUAGUCGCCACAGCAAUUAUCUCAACUAAGCGUAAAUCUGAAGAUGGUAGUAAAGACGAAGAACCAAAGGAAGGUCCAACUCAAAAGAAAAUAUUGCGACCUGGUCGAGUAGAUGAUUAUAAUAGCACAAGGUAUACAAGUCCAAUGGUUUCAAGUCUUUCAAUUGUAAUGAAUGCAGCACCUGAUCUUGAACUUUACGCCAAAAAUCUUCCUGAACCUUCAUCAGGCCAUGUUACGCCUUUUGCACAUAUUGUAAGUCGUCAUGAGGAUGAAGAUGGUGAUGCUCCCCAUAAAAAGAAAUAUGCAAAAGAGUCAUGGCCAGGAAGAAAGCCUACGCAAAGUGGAGUAUUGGCCUAA